GAAAAAAGCUUGCUAACAUUAGUAAAGGGCCUUCCUUUCCCCUUUUUUAUAUAGGCGAGAGUCCAAGAAUAUCAUAAUUUUGCGGCAGAUACAUGAAGUUUUUGAGGAAAGUACCAUCAAUUCCUCAAGAGAUAAUCUUUGAAGUAUUUUCAUGGCUUCCCGUCAAGUCUUUAAUGCGUUUCAGGUGUGUUUCAAAAUUUUGUAACUCCCUUGUAUCCGAAUUGGAUUUCGUGAAUAUUCAUCAAUGUCGCUCUGUGAUUCGCCCAGGCGGAACCAAACUGCUUGCGCGCGAAAAAAACGCUUUGUACACUAUAGAACAAGACGAAGUUGGAAAAUCCUCCUUUCUUCAUAUUGACGAUUUUGAUGAACUCUGCACCUAUUUCGGUUCGACUACUACCAAGUUGGAGUGUGUUAAUGGUUUGUUUUGCUUCUGGAGGACAGGACAACAACCUAUUUUAAUUUGUAAUCCCAGUACAAGAAAAGUAAGAUUUCUUCCUAUCAUAGAUGUGAAUCAUGCUAUGUGUCACUAUUCAUUUGGUUUUGAACCAGAAGAAAAGAUUUAUAAAGUUCUAUUCACAUGCAUUGAAUCCUUCACGAACGGGUAUUCAGAUAUAUACACAAGAAAUUGGGUUUUCACUUUGGGUGGCACAAACAUUUCGUGGAAGGAGAUUGAAAACAUUCCCCAAUUUUAUUGUUUUACGGGGGGAGUUUGCAUCAAUGGAGUUAUUUAUCUAUUGAAUGGUUUUCAUCGCAAGAAAAAUAUAGUUGCAUUCGAUUUGAAAACCGAAAGUUCCAGAGCUAUUACAUUGUGGGAAGCUUUACAUCACACCAAAAUUCAGUAUAACCUAAUGGAAGUGAAAGGAAAAUUAGCCAUCCUUGAAAAUAAGAUGAAUGGAGAAUUUAAUUUGUGGAUUUUAGAAAAGGGUCAACAUGAAGAAUGGGAGAGGCAUAUCAUUAUUGGCUUUCCCUUGGUUUAUAAGGAGAUGCGAUUCCAUAGUAUGUAUUUUUGUCCUCCGACAUACGACGGUGAAAUUAUAUUCGUUGAUAAAGUGAAGUGCAAGAAGUUCUCUUACUUAUGUUAUGAUAUUACAAGAAAAACUUGGAGAAAACGUAAAGUAAAGGGAGCUCUUGAAAAAUAUUCUAUUGAAGGCAUUUAUAGAUGCGUAGAAAGCCUCUUCCCAUUAAAAACAGUUUGCAACACUCCUUAA